AUUCCUGGGAUUGUGGCCCCUGAUUCAUCCUGACAGCUUCUGGAAGGCACAGGAUUUCCUUUCCUCCCACUCUGCAGAAGGUGAUGGAGAAGACAUUCAGAAUUCCAAGGAAUGGGGCACCUUUCGUUUCAUGAGGAAUAGAAAUUAAAAUGUGGGAAAUGUGGGAAAUGCUUCAUUGAAUGAGGACACAUAGCUCACAUCAAUGAUUCCGAGAGGAGAAACCAUUUAAAAGUAUGGUGUUUCGGAAACGUUUCGCUGAUAGUGGAAAACUUAGAACACAUCAGUGGAUUUACAUUUACAAGAAAGGAUUACAAUGCAGGGAGUGUGGAAGAACUUCAGUCAGAGAGGAUUCCUCAAUAUACAUCAGCGGACUCACACAGGGGAAAAACCAUUUAAAUGCAUGGAGUGCGGGAAAAGCUUCCGUCAGAAUGGACACUUAAGUUCACAUCUACGGACUCACACAGGGGAGAAACCAUAUAAAUGUAUAGAGUGCGGAAAGAGCUUUAGUGAUAGUAGAGACCUUAGAAAACAUCAGCGGAUUCACACAGGGGAGAAACCAUAUCAAUGUAUAGAGUGCGGAAAGAGCUUUAGUUGGAGUGGAGAAUUUAGAAAUCAUCAACGGAUUCACACAGGGGAGAAACCAUAUAAAUGUAUGGAGUGUGGAAAAAGCUUCUGUCGGAGUGGACAGUUAAGUUCACACCUACGGAUUCACACGGGUGAAAAACCUUUUAAAUGCAUGGAGUGUAGGAAGAGCUUCAGGCGGAAUGCAGAACUUAAAUUACACCAGCGAAGUCACACUGGUGAAAAACCAUAUAAAUGUAUGGAGUGUGGAAAGAGCUUCAUUCAGAGUGGGCAGUGCAAUAUGCACCAACGGACUCACACAGGGGAGAAACCAUAUAAAUGUAUAGAGUGCGGAAAGAGCUUCAGUGAUAGUGGAGACCUUAGAAAACAUCAACGGUCUCACACAGGGGAGAAACCAUAUAAAUGUAUAGAGUGCGGAAAGAGCUUCAGUCAGAGUGGAGACCUUAGAAAACAUCAACGGAUUCACACAGGGGAGAAACCAUUUCAAUGUAUGGAGUGUGGAAAAAGCUUCUGUCGGAGUGGACACUUAAGUUCACAUCAACAGACUCACACGGGUGAAAAACCAUUUCAAUGUAUGGAGUGUGGAAAGAGCUUCAGUCAGAGUGCACACCUCAAUAAACAUCACCAGACUCACACAGGGGAGAAACCAUAUAAAUGUAUGGAGUGUGGAAAGAGCUUCAGUCAGAGUGGCCACCUCAAUAGACAUUACCAGACUCACACAGGGGAGAAACCAUAUAAAUGUAUGGAGUGUGGAAAGAGCUUCAGUCAGAGUGAUGGACUUAGAAUACAUCAACGGACUCACAUGAGUGAAAAACCAUAUAAAUGUAUGGAGUGUGGAAAGAGCUUCAGUCGGAGUGCACCCCUUAGAAAUCAUCAACGGUCUCAUACAGGGGAGAAACCUUUUAAAUGUAGGGAGUGCGGAAAGAGCUUUAGUGAUAGUGGAUACCUUAGAAGACAUCAACGGAUUCACACAGGGGAGAAACCAUUUCAAUGUAUUGAGUGUGGAAAGAGCUUCAGUUUCAAUGCAGGCCUUAGAUCACAUCAACGGACUCACACAGGCAGGGGAAAACCAUAUGAAUGUAUGGCAUGCGGGAAGAGCUUCAGUCAAAAAGGAGACCUUAAAUUACACCAGCAGACUCACAAAGGGGAGAAUCCAUUUAAUGCAUGGAAUGUGAAAAGAGCUUCCGUUUCAAUGCAAGCCUUAGAAGACAUCAACUGGCUCAGGGGGAAAACCAUAUAAAUGCAUUGAGUGCGGAAAGAGCUUCAGUCAGAAUGGAGACCUUAAAACACAUCAACGUACUCAUAAAGGGUGAAACCAUUUAAAUGCAUUGAGUGCGGAAAGAGCUUCAGUCGAAAUGGAAACCUUAAGACACAUCAACGGAUUCACACAGGGGAGAAAACAU